CAACAGAUUGCGGGGUAGGACACAUGCAGCUGUAACGGGACAACCUGACAGAAUCGUGUCACUGACUGUGUUGUCAAGAGGUCGCACCCUUCUUCCUCGGCUAUCGACCGGUGGAGCUAAGAUCAGACCCACACAAGCACGGCUCGUCAUAAAAGACAGUCUGCUGUUCCGAGGCUGGUCCUCUAAGACUCCAGUGCUGCGUAGCCAAGCCAACCACCCCCUUGCAAGACUUCAACAACAUGCGCUCACUCUCUGCCCCUUUCACCGUGCUCCUCGCCGCUCUUCUGGCUGACAAAGCCACGUGCGCCUUCCAACAGACGCCAACACUCGGUUUCAACACCUACAACGCAGCCUCCUGCACGGUCAACGACAGCUACGUGACCGACACCAUCAAUGCAUUCGCCGAUCAAGGCUUUGCGGCCAUGGGCUACAGCCUCUUCCAAAUCGACUGCGGCUGGCAGCGUAGGGACCGGUCUCGAGAUGCCACAACGGGCGCCAUCAACGUGAACAACGAUGCUUUUCCCAACGGCAUUAAAUCGCUGACAGACCUGGCUACCUCGCGCGGGCUCAAUUUUGGCCUAUAUUCCGAUGCCGGGUUGUUGGCUUGCGACCCGACAGUCCCCAGCCCCGUUUUGGGCUCUUUGGGUCACGAGGCUGCUGAUGCCAAGCAAUUUGCUGACUGGAACGUCAAGACUGUCAAGUACGACAACUGCUAUGCCGACAGCACGGACGCAAGCAGUGCAGCACCCAAGGCGGCUCGCACCGACUUCGUCACAAGGUACCGACCGAUGACUGAUGCGCUGCGCGAGAAUGGUAUCGAAGGCGAGUUGGUCUGCCAGUGGGGCGUCCCUUUUAGCGACGACGGUGUCCUCAAGGGUCCCAUCGACUGGACUCGCGACCUGGCAACCUCGUUUAGACUGUCGGAUGACAUCAGCGACUCGUGGGACAGCAUCUAUCGGAUCUAUAAUCAAGCGAUCUACAUUGCCGAGCAGGACAAGACGGGACCUGGUUUCCAUGCCGACGCUGAUCUGCUCGAGGUGGGCAACGCCGGCCUCUCGCUGGCCGAGCAGCAGUUCCACUUCGCCUACUGGGCAAUGGCAAAGUCGGCUCUGAUGGUGUCGACAGACAUAGUUCGGUCGUCGGAGCAGACGCGGGCGAUUCUGCAGAACGAAGGUCUGAUCGAAAUAAACCAAGACAGCGUGGGCAAGCCAGUCAAGCUCGUCCAGCGUUGGACCGAUGACCGAGAUCUGCACAUCGGACCGCUCGCCAACGGGGACCUCGCCGUACUGGCCUUCAAUGCGCAAAGCGGCCGACAGACGCUCAACAUCGACUUUGCUGCGCUCAACGUCACGCAAGCCGACGUCGUCGAUCUCUACUCGGGUGCCACUCGAUCUGCCGCGGCCUCGUAUGGAGCAGAUGUCGAUGCGCAUGGGGUUAUUGCGCUGCGGCUCAGCAACGUUAUCGGCGCUGCUCCUACCAGUCCUGCUGUCACCUGGUUGGAGGCAGAGAACGCAGCACGUGAGGGAACCGUCGCUGUUGCGCCCUGCAGUGGAUGCUCUGGUGGCGAAAAGGUGGGCGACAUCAGCGGUUACGGCAACAACCUCAUCUUCAACAAUGUCGAGGCUAGUCAGUCGAGCGUCACCGUUCUGUUCGACUAUGUCAAUUGCGAAAUUGGCUAUCUGGGCAACGGUCUAAACGAGCGAAAGGCACGCAUCGCCGUAAACGGUGGCGAUCCUCAAGAUGUCAACUUCCCAAUCACUGGGUACAGUUGGGACGGUGACGUCGGCCACAACUUCCGCGUCCAACUGUCUGGCUUCAAUGUCGGCUCGUCCAAUUCGAUCCAGAUUUCAAGCCCCAGCAAUGCUCCUGACAUUGAUCGAAUUGGAAUUGUCGCCUAG